AGGAAGAUCACACGAGAGGAAGCCAUAAAAAAAUAGUGUCUUAACCCAAAACCUCCAACUUUGUAGCAAUAAGAUUAACAACAUCACAAGAGUAUGAAAAUAGUGGUCACCGGCGCGUCAGGUUAUCUAGGAGGCCGGUUGUGCCACGCGCUACUGCGUGAGGGUCACUCCGUUCGGGCCUUGGUACGGCCGACCAGCGACCUUUCCUUCCUGCCUCCGCGCACGGAUGCCGACUUAGAGAUCGCCUAUGGUGAUAUCACCGAUUACUCUUCGCUCCUACCAGCCUUCUCUGGCUGCCACGUCGUCUUCCACGCCGCCGCCAUGGUCGAGCCCUGGCUCCCCGAUCCUUCUAAGUUCUUCUCGGUCAAUAUAGGUGGAUUAGAGAACGUGUUGCGAGCGGUUAGAGAGACGAAGACGGUGGAGAAGGUUGUAUAUACGUCGUCGUUUUUCGCUCUGGGACCAACCGAUGGCUAUGUCGCCGACGAGACUCAAGUCCAUCAAGAAAAGUUUUUCUGCACUGAGUAUGAGAAAUCCAAAGUUGCAGCUGAUAAGAUUGCGUUACGAGCUGCCUCGGAGGGGUUUCCAGUCGUAGUUGUUUAUCCCGGAGUUCUCUAUGGUCCCGGAAAGGUGACAGCGGGGAAUAUCGUGGCUCGCCUGAUAAUCGAACGUUUUAAUGGGCGGCUACCUGGUUAUAUAGGCGGUGGAUUUGAUAAGUAUUCCUUUUCCCAUAUAGAUGAUGUAGUCAAGGGGCAUAUUGCAGCCAUGAACAAAGGUCGGCUUGGUGAGAGAUAUCUACUAACAGGUGAAAAUGCAUCAUUCAAGCAUGUUUUUGAUAUAGCUUCUAUCCUCACUGCAACAUCGAGGCCUAAAUUUAACAUUCCCCUGUGGUUGAUUGAGGCCUAUGGGUGGGUAUCAGUUCUUUUCUCUCGGAUAGUGGGAACUCUACCGUUAAUCAGUCCCCCGACGGUUCAUGUUUUAAGGCAUCAGUGGGCAUAUUCCUGUGAGAAAGCCAAAGUAGAGUUGGAUUACAACCCCAGAAGCUUGAAAGAAGGGCUGGAAGAGGUUCUGCCGUGGCUGAAGAACUUAGGCUUGAUUAAAUACUAAUGAGAAAAGCCUUUUUGUUGACCCCUCUCCUUUCUAACAGCCAGGUUUUUGUAUAAUAAUGCUUUAUGUAUAAUAAACUUUCAUCAAGCAACUUUUCAUAUGCAUAAUAUCAUAUUCUGAUAGUCAACAAAUUUAUACCAAUUUUCAUUUUAUUUUA